AUGGUGAAGGAGGGUGGCGUGACAAAAGUGGAUGUUUGGAGGAGGGGCGUGGUGCUGAUGAGGAGCACGGGUCUUGUGGUGGAGUUCACGGUGGUUGGUGAAAGUGUGGGGCUGAAAAUGAGAGGUGGAGGGAUUUGGGAUUCGCUGAGUGAGGAGCAGCUGCCGAGGGGAAAGCGGUGGCUCCCCCGUCACCAUUGUGUUUUUUCUUUUAAGGAGGUUUGUUAUGCUAAAGGACAAAGGCUGACAUUCCUAAAAGAAUUUCCUGAAAAGUUCUACCUAAAACUGUCAAGUGAUGUGAUCCCCUCUCCUCCAAUACUCAUGUUGUCAGGUGGCAUGAAGAUAUAA